ACCAAAUUGGAGGGACAAGUUUAUAGGUACUAUUUAUACAUGUAUAUGGUACUACCAAAAAAAAAAUCACAAAGAAAAAUGAAAGAAACAGAAUCACAAUCAGAAACAAAAACGAAAACGAGUAGUAGUAAUUGCAUAACAACAACGUCGUCGUCGUCGUCGUCGUGGGGAACAUGGGAGGAGCUAUUGCUAGCGUUUGCAGUUAAACGACACGGUUUCAAGGACUGGGACUCCGUCGCCACCGAGCUCAGUCUCCACUCUUUCAAACCCUCCUCCUCCUCCUCCUCCCCUCCUCCUCUCCCUCUUCACUGUAUGAACAAGUUUCGCGACCUCAAACGCCGCUUCUCUCUCCUCACCAACCACCAAAACGACGUCGCUGCUUCUUUGACGCAGAGCGAGAACGAAGAAAACGAAAACGACGUCGUUUUUUACGAUGCGUGGUUGGACGAGCUCAGAAAACGCCGUGUCGCCGAGCUUAAACGUGACCUCCAACGCUACGACCUUAAUAUCGGGUUGUUGGAGAAGAAGGUGAAGAAGUUGGAGGAGGAGAGAGAGAGCGAGGAAAAGCCAGAUCUGGAGGGAGAUGGAUCUGGAAAUGGCGAGCGGGAGGGGGACGAGGUGUCUCCGGUGACCGGAGAUAAUUCCGACAAGGAUAAUCGGUCGUUUAACGAGUCGAAUUCGACCGAGGGUGAGAAGUCCGGGGAGGGAGCUAAAUCGGAGGGUGAACCGGUUAAAACCGGUUCGGGCGGGCCGGAUCCGGGCAGGGAGGACAUGGAAUCGGGGGAGGAGGUCGCGGCGGCUCAGUCCGAGUCGGAGAGGAAGGGCGGCGGUGACUCGUCCGAGUUGCGUACGGACUCGGCGGCGAGGGGGAGCAGCGAGGUGCAGAGCUCGGCGAGCCUGACGGGGAAGAGGAUGAGGCGGAGGAGGAAGGAGGUUUCCGGCGGCGUGGAUUCGCCGGAGACGGUGGAGGUGGCGAUGAAAUCAGAGCCGUUGGUUGAGAUUUUGGAGAUAAUCCGUGCGUGUGAAAACAGCUCCUUAUUCGAGCGCCGACUCGAAAGCCAGGAAACUGACAAUUACAAAAACACGGUCCGGCAACACUUGGAUUUGGAAACAAUACAAAGCAGACUUCAAAAGGGCACAUAUUCCUCUAGCACCCUCACAUUCUACCGGGACCUCUUGCUCCUCUUCAACAAUGCCGCCAUAUUCUUCCCCAAAUCCUCCAUUGAAUUAACCACUGCCCACCAACUUCGCCACCUUGUGUUAAACAAAAUCAAGAAUGAAAUCCCAAAACCAAACCCGAAAGAAGAUUCACCUCCACCUUCACCAAUAACAAUACCAACACAAACACCAACACCAAAUGCAAUUCCAGAACCUAAACCUGAACUAGAAAGAACUGAUUCAUUGCUUGCAAAGCAGAAGUCAUCAGCUCCUAUAAUAGUUUGCCGUAAACGAAGUUCCAUGUCAGCUAAACCUUCCUCUGCUGUCUUUGGUCAAAAGGACAAGCAAGUAAGUGAUGAGAAGAAGUCAGUUAUUGAUAUAAAGCCACCUCCCGUUAAGCCCUCUUCCACCAAUACAGUGGAAGACAAUAGUGUGAUUAAAACUUACUCGAAAGAGAAGCCUAUCACUGGAGCUAGAAGCUUAAGAAGGGGCAACAAGAACUUGACAAACAAUGUUAGUGCUUCUAGCAAGAAACAAAGCACGAGUCCUGGAUCAAAAGCCGGUUCAGGGAACAAAGUAGAGAGUUCCAAAACUGACAAGAAGAAAACUGAAGCAUUGCCAUUGGAGAAAAAGCGAAGUGCAGAGGAUUUCUUGAAAAGGAUUAAGAGUGGUGGUGGUAGUAGUAAAGAGCAGAAAAGGAGACUUAGUGGGAAGGAAGAUAAUAGUAGGAAAGAGAGGGUGUUGAGGCUAAGUAGCGAUAAGAAACUUGUAAAGGAGGAGAGUAGUCCAUCAAAGAGGAGUGUUGGAAGGCCACCAAAAAGGGCAGCUGAGGCGAGUCCAGUGUCAGCGAAGCGUGGAAAGAACAGUGGGGAAAAGGAAGUGGCAGCCUCAAAUCGGCCAAGAAAGCGGGCUAGGAGAUGAUGAAAAUGGCUUCUGCGGUUGGUUUUGUAUAUUAUGUAACUUUAGGUUAAUUAUUUUCCACUGAUUAGUAUUUGUAGAUCUUCGGCUGCCUAUGAGACUUAGCUCAAAUGGUAUCUUCUUCUCUCCUAGAAGCUAGGAAAGCUAAGAUGAGGUUGUGGAUUUAAGACCUAUUGAUGUAUGUGUAACUUGAAAAAAGAAAGUAGUUGUAGACAGUCUGGUCUCUGUAAGUUGUAUUUUUUCCUUUUGCCUGUUGGUAUGUACAAUGUGUUUCAGACGGAAUGCGUAACUAGUGUGUACUGUUGUUUAGUUUGUGAAUGAAUUCAUCCUUUUCC